AAACAACUCGACCACUAACAGGAAGGGAGGGAGUGUUCAGUAGGUCUAACGUUACAGCAAGGAAGCAACCAUUACCGGCUAGCCUAGCUCGUUAGCACUGUCGUCCGGAGCUCAUCGCUUACAAGCUAAAGUUGGCAAGUAUGCAAUCAUGUUGGUGUGCAUGCCUCAUGGGGCACUGAUGUGAAGAGCAGUGGAAGAAGGUGUGUGCAUUAUCAGAAUGGAUGGACAGACUCAAAGGAUUCAACUUGUGUCAGCAGACAACAACAUGGCUUUAGGACACAGAAUCCAGAUUGUUACUGAUCAGCAAACUGGCCAGAAGAUCCAGAUUGUUACAGCACUUGAGCCAUCUUCCCCUGGAAAGCAGCAGUUUAUCCUAGCAAAUGCUGACUAUUCCUCUGGUGGGAAGGUGAUCCUGGCAAAGCAGGAAGGCUCACCCAACAAGCUCAUCCUCACCACUCCAGACGGCUCUGGGGUUAACCAGCUGUUGUUUGCCUCCCCUGAUUUGGCUGGGCAGCAGAUUCAGUUUGUGACUGAAGGGUCAGACCAGUCCAUUGGGAAGCCAGUUGUGGAGUACUGCGUUGUCUGUGGGGACAAGGCCUCAGGGCGUCAUUACGGAGCUGUUAGCUGUGAGGGCUGUAAGGGCUUCUUCAAACGCAGCAUUAGAAAGAACCUAGUGUACACGUGCAGGGGCUCCGGAGAGUGUGCCAUCAACAAGCUCCACCGAAACCGCUGCCAGUACUGUCGACUGCAGCGCUGUAUAGCUCUGGGCAUGAAACAGGAUUCUGUGCAGUGUGAGAGGAAGCCUGUUGAAGUGACCACCAGAGAGAAAUCCAUCAACUGUGCAGCCUCCACUGAGAAAAUCUACAUCCGCAAAAACCUGUGUAGCCCUCUGGCUGCCACGCCCACUUUUGUGUCCGACAAGGAAACUGCUAGGUCUACAAGUUUGCUUGAGUCGAGCAUGUUGCUCAACAUCCAACAGCCCUUCCCCAAGCUGGAAAACACCAUCUUGAUUCCAGCAUCCCCUGACAAGGACGAUCCAUCCCAAGGGGACCUCGGCACGCUGGCAAAUGUAGUGACCUCCCUAGCCCACCUCAACAAGGCAAGGGAGGCAAGUGACUGCAGCAAUGAUCUGAUGGGAGAAGAAACGCUUAGCAACGGGGACAGCUCGAUGACAGACAUCCAAGGAGAUGAGCAAACCGCAAGUGAUAUCACUCGAGCUUUCGACACCCUGGCCAAAGUCCUGCACCCGGGUGAGGUCUCAGCAGGAGAGUCCUUGGAGGCCACAAUGCAGCUAAUGUCGGGGGACCAGUCGGGUCCUGUGGUGGAGUUGGAGGGGCCGAUACUCUCUGACAGCCAUAUCCCUUUCAAGCUUAUGAUGCCUUUGCCUGUGCCAGAGUACCUCAAUGUCAACUACAUCUGUGAGUCAGCUUCCCGACUACUCUUUCUCUCUAUGCACUGGGUACGCUCCAUCCCUGCCUUUCAAACUCUUGGUGGUCAAGAGAAUGACAUUAACUUAAUGAAAGCCUGCUGGAAUGAGCUGUUUGCCCUGGGUCUGGCACAGUGCUCAAACAUCAUGAAUGUCGGUACCAUCCUAAGUGCCAUUAUCAACCAUCUGCAGACCAGCUUACAGGAAGAUAAGCUGUCCCCAGAUCGAGUAAAACUAGUAAUGGAGCACAUCUGGAGGAUGCAGGAGUUCUGUAACAGCAUGACCAAGCUGUCCCCAGACUCUUAUGAAUAUGCCUACCUCAAAGCCAUCAUUCUCUUUAGUCCUGAUCACCCAGGCAUCGAUAAUACUCCACAGAUAGAGCGGUUUCAGGAGAAGGCCUACAUGGAGCUGCAGGACUACGUAACCAGCACCUACCCAGAAGACUCCUAUCGGUUAUCCAAGCUGUUGCUGCGUCUUCCCGCCCUGCGGCUGAUAAGUGCAGCCGUCACUGAGGAGCUUUUUUUCGCCGGGCUCAUUGGCAACGUGCAGAUCGACAGCAUUAUCCCUUACAUCCUCAAAAUGGAGUCCACCGAUUAUAAUAGCCAGACGGUCUGUGGGGUCUGACACACUGCCAUUUGUAAUUGCAACAUUGGACUGUGAAAACUGGACAGCCAGCCAAUCGGAGUGCUCAACAGACCGGUCACUAAGUGGUCACGACAAACUGUAUUUAUGACACAGAAUUACCUUGCUCCUACUCCUCAGUAACCAGUCAGUAGAGCACAACUCACAAAGAGGACAAAAUAAAUCAACUCCAGUGGCAAGUGAGCCUGCCAAUAUCUGCCCAUUCAGGAACGAACCCUUGAAACCUGCAUAGUAGAUUGCGCUUUUUAAUGUACAAAGUAUUUUAUGCUUCAUCGCCUACAGGCCUUUCCUUUUUCAGCAGAUGUUGUUUCUACUUUAAAGGUAUCAGGAUGGUUUUGUUUUUCACUGCUUUCUUACAUGGUCAUGCUUUUUUUAAUUUCUAAUAAUCAUCAGGAAACAAUUGUAAUAAUGUGAAUUGAGUUGUGAGAUGUUAUUGCAAAAGGUUAUAACCUUUAUUUCUUAUUUGUUUGCCAAUCCAAAGGAUCGGGCACCAUCAUGAAGUUACUGUGUAUAUAGAUUUGUAUAUAGAAUGCACCAAGAAGGCUAAAUUGGGCAGCACUUGGCAAUUCAUGAAUUACAUCUCUUGGACAAAUUGAAGUGGAUGGAAAAUGGUCAAGUCCUUUGAAAAAUAAAAACACUUUUCAAUCACAUUUCUCUAUUUACACAAUUGAUAUUUCAUUUUGAUAAAAUAUCUGUAAAGAAUGUG